AUGAGACGGCUGUUAGAGACACGCACCGAUGAUCCGUCAACCCGGAGAGUUACUGCAAUCGGUCUUAUCCCCAUGAGCGUUAAUGAAGUGGGGAAUGGACAUUGUUGGCCCCCUGUCGUGAGCACCUGGAUACCGGCUGAGAUCGUGUAUGAUAACGGGAAGCAGUUCAUUGGCAGCAAGGUAAGAAACUUUUUCGAAGACCACAAGAUUAAAAAGAUUCUAUCCACCUCCUAUCACCCCAGCGGGAACGGACAAGCAGCGUCUACAAACAAGACCAUACUCCAAAAUUUGAAAAAAAUUCUGAUUGAUGCCAAAGGAAAGUGGAAGAAAAUUCUGCCCGAUGUUUUAUGGGCGUACCGUACAACUUCGAAAUAUAGCACCGGAGCCACUCCAUUUUCGCUGGUUUACGGUGCCAAAGCAUUAAUACCGAUCGAAAAGGGGGAACUAAGCCUUAGGUUCCGAUAUGCGACCGAAGAAUCAAAUGGCGAGUCCAUGAGUACGAGCCUAGAACUGUUGGAUGAAAGGCGAGAGGUUGCCCUAGUACGAUUGGCCGCCCAGAAGAAGCGGAUAUAA